CUUUUGACAGUAACUCUGAUCCUUGCUCCCAACGAAACCCGUGCGUCAAUGGUGUCUGUCGCCACAUUGGACAAGAACAGUACGAGUGUGAAUGCCAAGAUCAUUAUGAGGGGAUCCAUUGUGAUGAGCCAACCCUUCCUUUGGAGGUUUCUGUCCAUCCGUCAAGCCAGAUAGUCAACAUCAAUGCCAAUGUGGAGCUGACAUGUAGUUUCAACAAUGCCAAGCGAUACCACUGGUACAAAGAUGAUGUCCUUUUGCCCAACAGUGAAAAUCAGAAUUCUUUGAUAAUCCAGUCUGUCGGUCCCAGUGACAUCGGAUAUUACUUCUGUCGAGGUUCAGGGAGAAGUGGAGAAACUUUGGACACAAUGCGAGCGUCUGUCUAUGUCAAAGAUCUGACCAAUAUACAAGUUUUGAAUGCUAAAUUUGCCAUUACAUUCCGAGACGAGCUUCAUGACAAAACUUCUGAACUCUAUAAAGAAACAGCGUUCAACAUCAGCAUCUUUAUGGCUCAAGGCCUCCGAACCAGCACUGGGUUGGAGGGCGUAACAGUAGUAUGCAGAGCCCUGAGACCAGGAAGCGUCAAAGCUGACAUGAAUAUCUACAUCGAGCAGACCAAUAUGACGGCACUGGAGACACAAGAUCUUAUCGGUCUAUCUCUUGAGAGUCUAGCCAAUGAAUCGAAUGGUUUUCUCGAUUCCAACACCAUUUCAGUUCAAGAUAUCGCUAUUUGCCAGAAUAUCUCAUGGAUUUCUCCUCGGUUUGAAAAAGUCGAAUUUCCGGUGGGUGAAAACGGAACAUGGGCAAAUUCAACUGGAAUGUGUCCAUUCAACACUACUCAAGCCAAUGAACCCAUUGGACGGGCUCUGUGUAUCGGCGAUGGUAUUACCCAGAGCCACUGGCAACCCGUGGAUAAUUGCGGACCAUUUAGAAAUGUCACAGAUAUUCUCACCGAAAUUGCAGAGGUAAUCGUAAAUGAGGAAAACGCAGGUGAAGUGAGCCAACAGGUAUCAUCUGUUACUUCCAACAUCGAAGAUAUCACAUCAGAUGACAUCACUUUUGUGGCAGAGAUAACAUCAAACAUUGUGCAACAAAAUCUUACAAGUGAAGAGGUAACAGAGUUUAUAACGAGUAUUGCGAGCAAUAUAGCUCAGGUAGAAACAGAGGAACUUGAAGCCGCUGAAGAAGGUGGGGCAAUAAGUAAAUUUGUCCAGGCUUUUGAGGAACAAAUCAGUCGUGUGGAGGUUGCCGAUGGUGGGAUGCUCAACAUUCAGCAGCCAAAUGUAGCCGUACAGGUCCAGAGUGUACCUGCUGACAACGUAAUGCGUGGUAUCGUGCUUUCGCUAGUUGGAUCCAGUCUUUCAGACCUGACCAAAUCCAAUAUUACCAUAAGUGCUCCGACCCAAGAUGACCGCGAUGACGUAAUAGCUACCAGAUCAGACAUCAUCGCUCAGGUCAACAUUCCACCUUCAGUUUCAUCCGUCAUUUCGUCCACGGCCCCACGCUCACGAUCGCCGUCGAAUGACAGUGGUGAAUACAUCCGGAUCAACUUCAAUGUAUUUUCAAGUCCAGCCCUGUUCAUUUCUAAGUCAUUGCGCAAAAUAAGUGCAGAUAAUGAAGGCUUCAAUCGAUCGGCUAACUCGCCCGUGAUUUCUCUCAGUAUUGGUGAAGGGAAAGUAGCAGCCUUGACCGAAUCCAUCAAUUUUACCUUCACUACAAUAGAGUCUGGAUACGUGAAACCCAUGUGUUCAUUCUGGGAUGAGAAGGAAGCAGAUUGGUCCCGAGACGGAUGUGUUCUUGUUCCUGGAAUCGCAUCAUCUGAUAAUAGCUAUGAUGAGGAGGGCGUGCGCUGUGCGUGUGAUCAUCUUACCAACUUCGCUGUUAUAAUGGAUAUUCAUAGACAGGAGACAUUUACCGAGGCAUACAACAUCCUGACUUACAUUGGAUGCUGUAUUUCUAUCUUCAGUCUUCUUGUCACAUUGGCAACCUACCUGUGGAACAAGGAUUUGAGGACCAAACAGACUAACCAGAUCUUCAUCUGUCUGUGCCUGACCUUGCUGUGUCUCUACACGACAUUUGUCAUCAUGAUUUCUCUGGAUUCUAUCAGAGAUUAUGAUUAUCGCGAGGUCCAAGCUGGACCCUGUGGGUUCCUGACGGCCCUAGUUCACUACUUCGUUUUGUCCUCCAUUGCAUGGAUGGGUGUGGAAGGGUACAAUACCUACCUCGUCAUUGUGAAGAUCUUUAACACCUACAUCCAGAAGUUUAUGAUCAAGGCUUUCUUAGCUGCAUGGGGGAUUCCUGCUUUCAUCGUGGUUCUUACCGGAGCUAUUGCUAGAGGCUCUUAUGCUCGUGAUGAUCUAUGCUUUCUACAAUUCUGGGCUCAAAUCGGUGGUCUCCUGAUUCCCAUGUCCAUCAUCCUCCUCAUCAACAUUGUCAUCUUCAUCCUGGUGGUUCGACAAUUGAUCCGGUCAGCCAACAUCACUGGUCGGGUGAAAGGAGAGGCUAAGGAAGAACGUCGAGAGACUAUCGUACGCGUCCAGAACGCGAUCUGCAUCUUGCUCCUGCUCGGUCUGACCUGGGUCACUGGAUAUCUUCUUUUGAUCCCAUUUUUCAGUCAGGUGGCUCAGCCAAUCUUCGUCGUCCUUAACUCCUUCCAAGGAUUUUUCAUCUUUCUACUCUACUGCGUCCGGAAGCCUCACAUCCGUAAGAAAUGGGGGCUAACUUGUUUUGACAAGUUCCUAACGAAAGGAGCAAGCACUACCAGCGGUUUGGUGAGCUCGACGGCGCCAUCCUCUUCAGCUGGCCCAGUAGCCUCGGAUAAUUACUUGUUGCCUACCAAAGACAACAAUCCCGAUCCUAUGUGUAUGUUCAAUCCGACCUAUGAUGUAAGCCAGGUUGAGGAAGGGGCCACACCACCUAUGAACACAGAUAUCCAAAGUUCCUCAGAGGAACAGAAAAAGCACACGGAUCGUGAUGCAACAAGCACUGAUGUUGUGACGGUUAGUCUCCCUCUUGAUGUAUCUGUCACAGAUGCCACUAAGAGAGGUGAUGAUGUCUCCUACACCACGGAUGCUGACUCGGUCAGUGUUACUCUGGAUUCAAAGAAUUAAUUCCUGCCAGGUACCCAUUUAAAUUACCCGAAUUGAGUGUGGCAAUGUAUCGCGAUGUAUUCAUUCUUACUUAUUAGCCAUAAGAAGGAGUUAUUAAGAGAGCAUGACCUUAUAUUGGCAUACUAGACAAGGUAGGGGUGGGCGGGGCGCCGUCCCCUCCCCCAUAUCCCCCCUUCCCCGAGCAUUUUACAAUUACCAAUAUCCCGUCAUAAUAUUCACAUAUUCGUGAUCAAUUUGUAUAUGUUAUUAUAUUUACUGUAUUUGAAUGACAAAAUUAUAUUUCUACAUUUAUAUACAUGGUAGCUUAUCAAAGUAUAUUCAUGAUCUUUAAAAAAAAAUUGUGGUGUAUUACUCAGAGAAGAGGUCUUUUUAUUUUGAAAAAAUAUAAUGAUGAUGAUAGUAUGAUAAUUUUGUUUACACUUCUUCUUAGUCAUUUUUAGUCAUGACAUGAUCAAUAUAUAUCUGUAUCAAUUUGUAUA